AUGCGGAAGCAGAAUGGUUCUUCAUCGGAGGAACCCGAAAGCUGGAAUAUCAGGGAAUUAACAACCAAUGAAGACAAUGACUCCUUGUUCAUCGAGAAAUGGAAGAUACCUUUUAUGCAGCUAUGGGGCUCAUUUUCCCUUCUAACCUCGUUGGUUGAUGUUUACAUGACUUUUCUCGUGGGCACUAUUCUGCUGGACCUAGUCAAAGAAAGAUCAGUAGAUCUGACUCUCGCCAUAACAAUUUUAGCUUUUAUAUUAGGUAUUGGGGCUCUUGCCGAAAAAUUCUUAUGGAGCUAUCUACAACUUUUCGCCAUAUGGGGAGAAUGGGCGAAAUGUUUGCGUUUGGUUGGUGACAACGUACCACUCGUGGACAUCAUUGUUCCCUGUUGCAAUGAGCCCUUGGACGUGCUUCGAGAUACAAUUCUAGGGGUCCUAGCUAUCGACUACCCUCACAACAAAUAUCGGGUAGUCGUCGCAGAUGACGGGGCUUGCUCGGCGCUUCAAGACUGGAUAGCAACUCUGAAAUGUCAAAGACUUUACUAUCAUGCGCGGAAAAAGCCGGCAAUACCUGAUUUCAAAGCUGGUAAUCUGAAUCAAGCUAUUGAUUUUAUGGAGGGGUUUCCUGGUGGGCCUGCAGAGUAUAUAGCAAGUUUGGACGCUGAUAUGAUUCCAGAAAAGAGAUGGUUGCGUGCAGUGAUGCCUCAUAUGGUACUUGAUUCGAGAAUGGGAAUGGUGUGUCCUUCUCAGAGCUACUAUCAUACACCACACAAUGACCUACUUAUUCAAGACGGACGAUCUUGCUGGAAUGUCGACUCCGUCUACAGAAAUCUAGCCGAUUUCGGACUCAAUUCAGGAUCGGGUUUUGUGCUCCGCCGAGAAGCUAUAUUGGAGAUUGGAGGGUUUCCUGCACCAAGUCUGCUCGAAGAUACCUACAGUUCUGUGCUCAUGAUGUCCAAGGGUUGGAGAACAAAGUAUCUCUCGGAGGCGCUUCAGUAUGGGUUGGUGCCAGAAUCUUACUUGGCAUCUGUGAAACAAUUUCGAGUAGAAGGUGUACAGCUUGCUAUGCACUUCAAGUACUACCUAUUGCAACGCUAUAGCGGUGCGCUUAGCAUGAAGCAGCGAAUCUUCGGGUUGCUUAUGGGCUGGGGAUCGUUAUAUAAACCAUUCCUACAAGUACUGUCAAUGGUAGGAAUACCCUGCCAAGUCAUGUUUAUUGGCACGCCACUUAUCUUCAGGGAUGCGUCGACAACAAUACUUUUGAUUCGGCUCCAAUGCAUUUCACAGAUUUUGGGUUGGUUGUCGUACCAGCACCGAACGAUAAUGUCAGACUAUCGCGCAAUGAAUCGAGACGACUGUGUCAAUUACUACAUAGCGCCUUAUUAUGCGUGGGCAUUGUUAAGAUCCUUCUUUCUUCCUCAAUGGCUGGGAGGCGCAGAGACUGUUUUCACGGCCAGUGGAAGCAUCAAAAGUCAUAUCAAUGAACGCAACCCGCAAAGGCGUGCUCCUCUCGUCGCCCGCGCCCGCUUCAUGUUGUUCGAUCUAAAUAUCAUAUUCCACUUGUGUAUAUUCCUGUCGACACUCUUGGCACUUGUGUGGGCAAUCUGGAAGGUCUACUCCAAAGCAGGGAUCGGAAACCUCUCCUAUGAGCUUACACGCGAUGUUGCAUGGUCGAUCCCGUCGGCAACCAGGGUCGUAUUCUCCACAGCCAUACCGAUUCAAUAUAUGUUGGCGCCGCCUGAUUGUUCUCCGCGUGAUGAGGCUAUGGAUGAGAGAGAUGAAGCCGGGGCUCGGUACCCUAAAGAAUCGAGCAGGGAUUAUCAGAGCACCAGCCAUUGGCAUUUCGGUUUGACCGAAGCCUGCGAUCUGGGACUCGUCUCUUCUAUGGUGCUCUUCCUUGGAACUUGGCCUUUUGCGGCAUGCAGCGCGACGUUAUGA